AUGGGACCACUAAAUGAGUGCGACGUAUUUCUGGAUGUGGGUGCGGGAAUCGGGAACGCCCAUUACAUGCUGGCUCAAGUUGCGCUUACUACGACUACUCGGAAGUGUAUUGGAGUCGAGUUACGUGAGGAGCUAUGUUCGCUCGCAAAGCAGCAUAUUCAGAACCACAUUACGGCCUACCCUUUACUGCGCAAGGUGACCAUGAUACCGGCGGAUGUGCGCGACGUAGUGCUGUCGGUCCAGGCUCCAGCGUCUGAAGCCACGGUGAUUUUCGCAAAUUACUUCCUUUUUGAAGAAGCUGCCAAGCUCGUUGUCGCUCGAGAACUAAGUGCAAUGCCAAAUGCACGCAUCAUUGCAUCAACCUCUCGGUUUUGCCCCCGUCAUAGAGCGAAUUGCUCACAGCCAUUUUGCUCUCGCUGGAAACUAGUCCGUGAACAACAGGUAGAAUGUAGCUGGAAGUCAAGUCUUACCUCACUAUAUAUUUACAAAUAA